CUCCCAUUCAACUCUUAACAUCAACUCAUAACAUCACUACAAGAUAUGGUAGCUACUCGAUCAAAGACUCAGAAUGGUACUCAGACUGCUGGCGAGAAACGGCCUGCUGAGACUGAGACUAAGAAGAGCUCUCCCAGUAAGAAAGCCAAGAAGGGUAUUCAGAAACUCGAAGUUGGAGACGACGGCGAAGUGGGUUUGACAAAGGAGCAACCCGAAGUCCAGCCUGCGAAUGGUCAUGAGCAAGUUGAGGUCAAGAAUGGACACUCCGUGGAAGAAGAGAAAGAGGACACUGUCGAAGAGCCCGCUGAGGUGAAGACCAAGGAGGUCGACGAGUCUACCAAAGAGAAAUCGGUGGCUCCUGUAGCAGAAAACGAGCAGCCCAAGCAUGGUACUCUUGAAGCAGGACACAUUUACUUCAUGUAUCGUCCCAAAGUGGACGCAGAGGAGGUGGAAUCCAUUGACGACGUCUCCAAGUUUCAUAUCCUCUUGAUCCCCACUUCGGCUCCUCAUGAUCAUGCUCAUUUUCAUCGAAUUAUCUCAGUGGGCAAGAAGAAGAUGCCCGACCCCGGUGCCAAGCAUCAAGUCAUUUGGGGAUCUAUGGUCGGAGUUGGAAAUGACAAGUCUGCACUCAAGGACGCCUUUGGAGCGUACGACUACGAUACCAAGACUCGCGGAACUCGUCAUCAACCCGCAGCUAGACCUGCGGCUCGAGGACAUUACAUCUUGCAUUCUCCGCAGGAUACCCUGGCCGACUCCCCUGAACACAAUCGCCAGAGGGACUACAAGGUCCUGUUGGCUUACGAGAUUACCACUCCUGCUGCUGAAGCGUUUGGAGAAGUUCAGAAAGAGUUGGGACUUGCCCUCAAGGACGCUGUCGCACUCCAGGUGAAGGAUCCCAAUGCCGACGCCGGUAGCAACCCCCGCGCCGCGAGUCUACCCAAGGAAAAGCGUGCUUCGUACUCGACCGAACUGCAAGAGCUAUUCAAAAACAGGAGAUUUAUUCCUGCCAAUCCUCCGGCAUUCCUCUCUUACACGGGCACCGAGUUACUCAUCAUCUCGUCUCCACACGAAUUGGAAGAAUCUUUGGGUGUACACGGAGAUCAGGUCGAGAAGGAUUUGGACGAGGUUGCGGCCGUCGAAAAAGUCGGAGUUGAAGCUGCUCUCAAAGAAUUACGAAUGAGUAAGGAAGAUACGGAGAUUGAGGCGCUGGAAGGAGCGUGGGUGUGAGGAAGACAUGCGGACAAACAAGAGGAGUGGAAUGUUCAAAUGGAAGAAUUGCACAUGAGAAGGACGAGAUCUUGAGUUGUGAACAUCAUAUUAUCAUCUUGCAUUCUGUCUUGACCU